CUGCUUUACUUGAUGAGGUCGAAGUACGGAAUCGGCUUUGUGUAUAUAUAUAAACAAAAUGUCAAACACACGACAGAGGAAAUCAACCCCUGUGAAAGCACAAACGACACCACAGAAAGAAGAGGAGGUACCGGUGUUGAACACUGAUACGGUCAAGGGAUCUGGACAAGCCUUACCUGGAUGGCUGUGGAGAGCGAUACUACUUUGUGUGAAGGUGACCUUGGGGUUUUUGUUUUGUUUGCACGUGCUUACCCCAGUGUUUAUCCUGACAAAUCCAUGGAUACAGUCCAAAGCUGUGUUCCUCAAUAACUUCCGAUGGCCUCCAUUUAUAGAUGUCACAAAACCGGAAGAGUUCGGACUAGGAAACACUGUCAGGAACUUUUACCUACAGGUGGAGGAACACAGCAGGGUCGGAGUAUGGCAUUUACUUCCUCAGUCGUUAGCUGAGUCUGGCGUUGAAUUCAAUCAGUAUGAAAGCUUGCUGAAGGAUGGUAAACCAAUCUUCCUGUAUCUUCAUGGAACUUCAGGGUCACGAGCUGGCUGGCACAGAGUACAGCUGUACAAACUUCUGGUUUCCCUGGAAUUCCACGUGAUAGCCUUUGAUUACAGAGGCUGGGCGGACUCUGUUGGGGAGCCGACAGAGGAUGGAGUGGUGGCAGAUAGCUACUUUAUAUACAAGUGGAUCAAACAGAGGAGUGGUAAUGCACCAGUAUUCCUCUGGGGUCACUCCCUCGGUACUGCAAUUACAACUAAACUGGCAAAGAUGCUGUGUGAAAAAGGAGAGGAACCUGUGGGUGUGGUCCUGGAAUCGCCAUUCACCAACAUCAAGGAGGCAGCCUCAAAACACCCGUUCACAGCGCCGUUCCGGAUGUUGCCAUGGUUUGAAGCAGUUUUCCUUGAUACCAUUGAUCAGAACAACAUCAGUUUUACCUCUGAUAAAAAUAUUGCCCAUGUGACAACACCUCUCCUGAUAUUACAUGCAGAAGAUGAUAAAGUGGUGCCAUUUGAGUUGGGUAAAAAGCUGUAUAGCAUUGCUUCAGAGACCCGACCUACAAACAGUGGCCCCCUGGAGUUCGUCUCAUUCAAUGCCAGCUAUGGAUAUGGACACAAGCUCAUCUGCAUGGCCCCAGAACUGCCAUUGAUUAUCAGGAAAUUUCUUGAGACAUGUCAUGAAGAAGGGAAACAUAGUCCCCAGGAGAUGCUGUAGAUGAUGAUAGUGCCAAUACAAGUCUUAUUUUACAAGGUGGGCCUGGCCAAAUCUGUGUACACAUCUACUAAGUGGGAUGACAGAGCUGAACACAGAGACUUGGUGUGACCAAAGCCACUUUCACAAUAGUGGACUUGACCAAACCUGCCUACAGAUAGUGACCCAAACAGAAAUGAGCCUUUCAAACUAAAUACAAAUUCGGCUAUAGUACAAAGUCAUGUAAAGCGGAUAUUUUUCUAUUGUGUCAUAUGAUAUUGUUGUUUAUUGAGGAUGAAUCAGUAAAUGUAGGACUGCACACUUAUUGAUGAUAUAUACAGAUGUAUUGUGAGUAGAGUAUUACAUACAUAUACAUAAUACACACAUAUACUCUGGUGUUAGGCUCCUCCCCCUCCCCUCCUCCUCAGCAUUCUUUAGACUCUUAGUUGUCUACUAGAUAAGAGGAAAGUAAAAAACGAGAAAAUGGUGAAUUGAGUGUUAGUUUAAUGGGUUGGUUUCAACAUUUUUAGGUCACCUGAGCUUUAGCUCAAGUGACCUAUUGCUAUCCGUUUUCGUCCAUCGUCGUCCGUCGU